AAUCGGUGUACGAGGGUAGACCGAUAAGCUCAGUUCAUAACAAAGGGUCAAGGAACGUGAAUAAAAAAUAAUAUUGGGUCGAUGAGAAUUUCCACAUCCUUUCCAUCCUCCCUUUUAGGCUUUCAAGUUUCAUCGACUGUUAAAAAUCAAUGGUAUCGUCGGUCGUUCGAUCCACGUGUAUAAAUUAUUUAUUUUUCAGCGGAUUUGUUUCUCUUGUUACAUUCUCCAUCACACAUCACAUAAAUAUAGCUGUUAGACAUUACAACAUUUUUAUGAUUCCUAAAGCAUAUUCACUAAUCUCGGCAUUUUUUUUCAUAUUGAUAACUACAAUGUAUUACCGAUUUCAUGUUUUAUGCGUUGUAGCAUCUUUAAAGAUGUAAAGGCAGAUUUCGCAUCGCCGCACAUAGGAGGUGCGAAGGUGGGUGGUGAUGUGGUGAUCCCGUAUGUUUUUACCAUCGAGUUUUUACCAAAAAUCAUUUUUCUAGAAGAUAAAAGUGUGAUAAAAGUUUGCAUAUUUCAGUGAUACAAGAUAUAGUUAAAACAAAUCUGGAGGGCUCAAACAUGCCGGUACCAAGUGGGGCAGGAGAACCUACAGUUGAGGACUUGCCAGUUUCAGCAGCAAGUUCUGUAGAUGCAGAAGACUGUGAAGAGGAGCAAUCUGAUGCAAAUGGAGAUCAGAAUGCAGAAGCUGAAAGUGGUGAGAGUUCGAAUGAGAUUGUCAUAAUAGACCCAGAUUGUACAGAGCUAGACUUGAACCAUGGUCGUAUCAGAAAAAUACAAAAUCUGGAACCAUUAACUUGUAUUGAGCGAUUGUAUUUGAGAUGGAAUUUGAUCACAAAGAUUGAAAACUUGGAUACUCUAGUGACAUUGAAAGAGUUGGAGUUGUAUGAUAACCAGCUGACUAAGAUAGAGAAUUUGGAUGCACUUGUCAAUCUUGAGAUUCUUGACCUAUCAUUCAACCGAAUAAGGCAUAUUGAGGGUUUGGAGAAUCUGAAAAAAUUAAAAAGAAUAUUCUUAUCCUCAAACAAAUUUACUAAAAUAGAGAAUUUGAACCAUCUUGAGAAUUUGGAGCUUCUAGAACUUGGAGAUAAUAAAUUGAGGCAAAUUGAAAACCUAGAUGGCCUGAAAAAUCUGCAGUACCUGUAUCUAGGCAAAAAUAAAAUAACUGAAAUCAGUAAUGUGGACACCUUAACUAGCUUAACUUGCCUAAGCUUACAAAGUAAUAGGCUUACCAAAAUCGAGAAUUUGAACAAUCUGAAAGAACUGACUGAGCUGUAUUUGUCGGAAAAUGGUAUUGAAAAAAUUGAGAAUUUAGAUGGAAAUACGAAACUGGAGACACUGGACUUGGCUCAGAAUAAAAUUAAAGCAAUAGAGAACAUCUCACAUUUGGAGAAACUACAAGAGUUUUGGGUAAGAAGUAAUUUUGAAAUAUUACCAUAUAAAAUGCAAAGUUACUGUAUUAAGUGGAUAAAAGUUAACUUUAAGCUAUCACAAAACUACAUGAGGAUGGGGUAUAAUAUGGUUCAAAUAUUAGAAAGUUUUUAAGUUCACAGUGGAAUAUCGAGUCCCAUUUGGCGGGUGAGGCAGAAUGUGUGCAUGUCACUUUCCUCUGUAUGCCCCUAUAGGCCCAUGGGAUCCAUGGGUGUUUAGGCC